AUGACAAGCCCGAAGAUCGAACGCCUCGAAGACUUCACCAACCACGAAUGGUGCAACAAGCUCCUUUCUGACCCAUCCAUCACACAUAUAUCGAAGCGCCAGAUACCUGACACGCGCGCGGCUAUCUCCAAUACCCUCUUCACGCGGACCCUCUUCACAGAUGACGCGGUCCGCGCCUUCCUCUCGUUAUAUCGGCCAGGCAAGGGACAACAGAGAGACGUCAACGAAGCCGAGAUCUUUACGGGCAGCGCUCCCAUACACGAAGUGACACCAAACAAUCACGCGACGGAAGUACAGCGCCAGAAUGCUAAGGCGGAGAAAACCUUCCAUCCCAGCGAUCCAGACGCGCCCGAAGCCAUCAUCCUGGUAUCGGUGGGAAACGACGUCGAUGGUGGUAUACGGCGCCUGCAUGGCGGGGUGACGGCGACGUUCCUUGAUCAGGCUAUGGGUACCCUAUUGUCGUACUUUUACCAGAAUACAAGCGCCACGUCCGAGCUGAAUGUCACGUAUAAGAAAGCGAUUACAACGCCAUGCAUACUGCUUUGUAGAGCGAAGGUUCUGAGGGAGAAGGGAAGAUGGAUUGAGACGGUAGGCUCCGUAGAGGAUGGUCAGGGAACUGUGUUCGCAGAGGGGCGGGGCGCUUUUGUGCUGGGGAAGGUUGGGACAGCGAAGAUGUAA